AUGACCACCUGCAGCCGCCAGUUCACCUCCAGCUCCAUGAAGGGCUCCUGUGGCAUCGGUGGUGGCUCCAGCCGCAUGUCCUCUGUCCUGGCAGGAGGGUCCUGCCGGGCCCCCAGCGCCUUUGGGGGCAUGUCGGUCUCCUCCUCCCGCUACUCCUCUGGGGGGGCCUGCGGGCUGGGAGGCGGCUAUGGCGGUGGCUUCAGCAGCAGCAGCUUCAGUGGAGGCCUGGGAAGUGGUUUCGGUGGAGGAUAUGGUGGUGGCCUUGGUUCUGGCUUUGGUGGUGGUUUUGCUGGUGGCUUUGGUGCUUGCUUUGGUGGUGGCGAUGGUGGCCUCCUCUCCGGCAAUGAGAAGAUCACCAUGCAGAACCUCAAUGACCGUCUGGCUUCCUACCUGGACAAGGUGCGCGCCCUGGAGGAGGCCAACACUGACCUGGAGGUGAAGAUCCGUGACUGGUACCAGAGGCAGCGGCCCAGUGAGGUCAAGGACUACAGCCCCUACUUCAGGACCAUUGAGGACCUGAGGAACAAGAUCAUCGCAGCCACCAUUGAGAAUGCUCAGCCCAUUCUGCAGAUUGACAAUGCCAGGCUGGCAGCUGAUGACUUCAGGACCAAGUAUGAACAUGAGCUGGCCCUGCGCCAGAGCGUGGAGGCCGACAUCAAUGGCCUGCGCCGGGUGCUGGAUGAGCUGACACUGGCCAGAGCUGACCUGGAGAUGCAGAUUGAGAGCCUGAAGGAGGAGCUGGCCUACCUGAGAAAGAACCACGAGGAGGAGAUGCUUGCCCUGCGGGGUCAGACUGGUGGGGACGUCAACGUGGAGAUGGACGCUGCCCCUGGUGUGGACCUGAGCCGCAUCCUGAACGAGAUGCGAGACCAGUAUGAGCAGAUGGCAGAGAAGAACCGCAGAGAUGCUGAGGCCUGGUUCUUGAGCAAGACUGAUGAGCUGAACAAAGAAGUGGCCUCUAACAGCCAACUGGUCCAGAGUAACCGCAGUGAGGUGACCGAGCUCCGGAGAGUGCUCCAGGGCCUGGAGAUUGAACUGCAGUCCCAGCUCAGCAUGAAAGCAUCCCUAGAGGGCAGCCUGGAGGAGACCAAAGGCCGCUACUGCAUGCAGCUGUCCCAGAUCCAGGGGCUGAUCGGCAGCGUGGAGGAGCAGCUGGCUCAGCUGCGCUGUGAGAUGGAGCAGCAGAGCCAAGAGUACCAGAUCCUUCUGGAUGUGAAGACAAGGCUGGAGCAGGAGAUCGCCACCUACCGCCGCCUGCUGGAGGGAGAGGAUGCCCAUCUCUCCUCCUCUCAGCACACGUCCAGCCAGUCCUAUUCUUCCCGAGAUGUCUCCUCCUCUUCCUCCGGCCGCCAGACUCGGUCCAUCCUCAAGGAGUAG